GGGAAAUGAAAUCUGAUAAGUAUGGUAACUUGAUCAUGUGCUAUGACUGAUCCAUUGUAGGUUUUGUAAAAGUAUAAAAUCUUGAUAUUUAUCACAUGAUCAUUUAGUAUAUAUAUGUGUGCAAUUAUAGCACUUCGAGGUACGGUUUUAGACAAUUUUAUGCCAAUUGUUACUUCCCGAUCUCCCAAGUUACCUAAGAUAUGUGGGAUUCAUAAUUUGCAUCAUUCAGUAAGAAAACAACAAAAUGUAAAUCGUCAACCACGUAAAAAUCCCGUAGUCAGAUUAAAAAAGCCGAGAACUUUUGGACUUUAUCUAGUAACCAAAAAAAAUCAAUACAAUAUUACAAGUUUCCAAAUAAGUUUAAGCUAUAAAGUAUUAUGUCGAAGUCCUAAUCUUGCACUGAGGAAUAACUAUUCAACACACUGUGAAUUAUUACCAAUUGACUAUUUAAAACGCGAUAAUUCAGCAAUACAUCAAAAACUUCCACGUGAAAUAACUACUGAUCGAUUGUGUGCGUUAAUCUUGCCUAGUCCACAUAUGAAAAAAUUAGAAAACAAAAAUGUAAUAUUAAAUCAGAAAUCAAGAAAAUUAUUGAAAAAAUCUCCAGAAUUACAAUUAAUGAGUGAUAAAUAUCGAUUGGCAAAUCUUCAAAGUAAAAUACCCAAAACAAAACGAUUCUUGGAUCCCAAACUUUGUGAUCGACUUAUUUAUAACAGUAGUCGAUUGAAAUUUUUUUAUGAUUCAUUAUACCAAUGUAACCUUCCAGCAAUUAAAUUUGUAUUGGAACGUGAACCUGGUUUGAUUUUAGACGCUAUUGAACCGAAUACUGGUUAUUCUACUCUAUUAGUAGCUUUAUUAAUUAAAUCUCCUGUGAGACGAGAAAAACUUAUGAAAUUGUUAUUGAAAUAUUUAACCAAAUAUAUAAAUAUGUACAAUGAUUGUAUUAAUGAAAGUGAGAUAUGUGAACAGAUUAUUCAAUUGAAUGAUCCAAUUGAAGGACGUGAUUGUAUUGGCUGGACAUGUAUAUUAGGUUUUGAAAAUGAAUUCAGUUUAUUAAUUACACAUUUAUUAGCCAGUAUUGAUUUUCAUAAAUCUGACUUCUAUGGUAAUACAUAUUUACAUUUAGCUAUAAUGGGUGGUUCUGUUAAUAUUGUAAAUUGUUUAUGUCAAUUUAUGCGAAAGUAUUGUAUUUCAAUUGAGAAUUGUAUUAAUUUUUCUGGUUUAAAUCCAAUUCAAUUAGCCUAUCGUUUACACUUCUAUUCAAUUUUAGAUAUUUUAAAACAAUGAGUUUGAUUAAAAUGUCAAUAAUUUUGUUUGUAAUGCUCUCUUCUUUAAUCUCAUCUUAAGGAAUUAGAUUGAUAAAUUAAGGUUAUAAUUGAUCUUCAUCUAAAUCGCUCAGUAUGGGGUGAUUAUAAAAGAAAAGGAGUAAGUAUUUUUGUAAAAAUAUUUUCAUCUGU